ACCAGAGCCGAGAAGUGAAGAUUAUACUGAGUCAUAUGUGCAUUGUGCAUAUAGCUAUCGUUAGUGCCCGGUACAUGACUGUCGGCGAGGCGCUAAACAUAUAGUACGGGUGGACCGGGAACAUAAUAAUAAUAAACAUGGAUUUAAAUGCCAUUAUAGAAAACAUGGAAAAGGGGGAUCAAGAUGCUGCAUUGAUGGCACUGCAGACCUACAAUAAAAAGAUGACCCAGUGCUUCUUAUUUAACACAGAUGAAAAGGAGGAGAGAGAGAGGUUGGGAGAGCUAGUGCUGGGCUUCCUGGAGCGAGACCUCAAACCGUUCUGCCAGCUGGCCUGUCUGGAGACCAUCCGCAUCCUGUCACGUGACAAGAACAACGUGGGGCCCUUCAUCACGCACAUUGCUAUGCAGACCCUCAGCCGACACGCCGGCAUUGCCAUCACCCACGGCAAUGUGGACAACGAGGGCGGCGUGGUCCUCGUGCCCGUCGCUGAGAACCCGGACCUGGAGGUCAUCGUAGAGGCGCUGAAGAGCCUCUGUAACAUCUGUUUGCACAACAAGGUGGCUGUGGGGGUGGGCCAGGAGCUUCAGCUGAUCGUGGGCAUCGCGGAGCGUCUCAAGCAGUGCGGCGAGGACCAGUGGAACCACUACGUAAGGUUCUUUGACCUGCGCCUCAUGUUCCUCCUCACCGCCCAGCGCGUGGAGGUGCGUACCCAACUCUUGAGGGAGCUGCGGGGGGUCAGUCUGCUGUCCAACCACCUGGAUGCUACACUGGGGCUGUGCUGGCCGGAUACCUUCGAGGUGGGGCGGGCCGGGGUGGAGGUCGAUCUAGACGCGGAGGAGCCAGCGGAGGAGCCAGCGGAGCUGCCCCCUCUCAGUAGGGAGAAGAUAGAGAGAGCCAUGGAGAUCCUGAAGAUCCUCUUCAAUAUCACCUACGACGCCAACCGCCGGGAGGUGGAUGAGGAGGAAACAGCAUCGUUUAGACACCUAGGAGCCAUCCUCAGACACUGUGUGAUGAGCACAGCUGACGGAGAGGACUACACAGAGGAGUUUCACAGUCAUUCACUGAACCUGCUGGGGAACCUCCCUCUGCCCUGUCUGGAUGUGUUGCUGUUGCCCAAGGUCCAGCAGGGCUCCAUAGAGUACAUGGGAGUCAACAUGGACGCAGUCAACAUGCUACUGGAGUACAUGGAGAAGAGGCUAGACAGGGGCAAGAAGCUGAAGGAGAACUUGCUGCCGUCUCUCAACCUGCUCACAGAGAGUGCACGCAUCCACAGAGAGACCAGGAAGUUCCUCAGGAUGAAGGUACUCCCUCCACUGAGGGAUGUGACGAAUCUACCAGAGGUGGGGAACGCCCUUCGCAACAAGCUCGUUCGCCUGAUGACCAACAUUGACACGGACGUCAAGAACUGUUCAGCAGAGUUCCUAUUUGUCCUGUGCAAAGAAAGUGUGUCCAGGUUCAUUAAGUAUACAGGCUAUGGUAACGCAGCAGGUCUCCUGGCUGCCCGGGGGCUGUUGCGAGGGGGGAGCAACCCAGGCAUCUACUCUGAAGACGAGGACAGCGACACAGAAGAGUACCGAGAGGCCAAAUCUCAAAUUAACCCUGUGACGGGCAGAGUGGAGGAUGAGCAGCCCAACCCCAUGGAGGGAAUGACAGAGGAACAGAAGGAGUUGGAGGCCAUGAAGCUGGUCAACAUGUUUGAUAAGCUCUCCAGGUCCAAUAUUAUCCAGCCGAUGAUGCUGGGGAGUGAUGGUUCCAUGACACAGAUGAAUUCUGGAGACCUGCGACGAAUGACAGACCAGACACCACAGGGACAACAACUAAACCUAGAACCAUAACUACACUUAGAACCACAACUACAAUUAGAGCCACCACAACAACAACAACGACCAAAAGAA